CCCUAGUGCGUGACCACAGCCACAUCACUCGUUUAUCAACUCUUAUCGGCCAUGGACAAAGCGCAGACCAAGCAAUUGCUGAUGUACCGCACGCCCAAUGAGGCGCACAAUCAGAUCUUUAUAUUCAACUCUCCGAUUGACUAUAAGGACCAGCAGUUGAUUGUGUAUCAGCGUCCAGGCGUCCUGUGUGGAGAGACCAGCUUUGGCUAUUGUGUCGUUUACAAGCGGGAUCACUAUAUCCUGAACAAUCCGCCCAACUUCCAGAGCCCCACCAAGAGGAGCUUCCUCAACGAGUGCAUCCGUCAGCUGUAUCUGAUGAACGGUCUGGUUCACAAGCUGUACUGGGGUUCCUCGAGUGCCUCGCUGGCCACGCCUCGCGAGCUGUGGCACCAGGUGGACAGUUGUCUGCAGCCAGAGCGGAUCACCAAGAAGAUCGAGAGCCUGAAGCGGGUGAAGCGACAACUGUUCCGGGAGCCAAGAUGUGGACGCAAGACCACAAAGCCCGUACGCGGCAAGGUCUGGGGCACCCAGGUUUUCAGCUUUCGUCCAAUGCGCGAGAAGAUCGGACGGCGACACAUACGUCGUGGCUUCCUGAGGCCCGCCCGCCAGACGGUGCUCCAGCAAAUGAUCUGCGAGAACCUGAAGCGCGAGAUGGUUUGCUCGCCGGCCGUCUGCCAGACCGUGAUAAGUGCCGCUGAGGGCAUCUUCAAUGUGAACGCAAGCGUCAUCAGCGACAUCUGCUGCUACCACAACAAUGCGGCCCGCCAUCAGCCUGCCGUGGAGUGCCGUCUUACAUCCGGACAGGUGACGCUGAGAAACAACGAGGCCUGUCGGCUCACGCAGCGAGCCAAGCGUUUGGAGGAAAUGUUCAUACACGAACAGGUGCGUCGCGCCGUCCAGAACCAUCAGCUCAUUUUGGAGGAGUCGGUUCGCUCGAUUUUCUAUGCGAAGGAACUGUUUCGCCUCAUCGAGGAUCACGAGGAGUUCGUCUACACCGACAAACAGAUACUGUGUCGGCGUUGAGCAGAUGGAAUCGUACUACAAACAAUUGGCAUAGCCACGCUUCUUCCACUAGGUCUCAUUUCUUUUAUAUAAACUUUAUAUAUAAUGCAUGAUUUGUUAAAAAAUUGUAAAAAUAUUUAGGUAUACAUUAAAACAAACAGAUUAAAGAUUUCUGGACAAUUUA